GCGAAACGCUCGCGCAUUUUGCCGUCGAGCGUUGGCCAACGCGGAAGAAUUUCGCAUUUGAAUUUUUCAUUUGGAAUUUAGGUUCGGAUUUGAACACGAGUGCCAUGAAAUAAUUAAUAAGCAAAUUCAGUGCGAAUAUCAAUGAAAUGCCAAACUAAAGCGCUUGGAAAAGUUUUCCAUCCGAAUUUUUAUUGGCACCGUAGCCGACAAGUGUCAAUUGAAUUAGCGCCUUCGCGGACAAAAAAAAGAGAGAUUAUCAAGGCGCAACAGGUUAUUGGUGGCUGUUGGUAGCGGUUGGUGCUAUAUGUGUUAGUGCUGUGCAAUCAAGUCCCGAUCCGGGUGCAGUCUUCCUAUCGAUAGGCAGUAGUAACUAACAAACCCAUCAAAGGGACUCCUCCAAAAGUGCCAAAGAGCAAGGAGCAUAAAAGUGAUACACACAGAAAAAGUCGAUCAGCGAUCGAUUCCCGUGUUUCCAGACACAUACACACAGUAGAAAUUCUCCUCUAGACGCUUUUGUGAUAGACGCUGUGAUAAGAGUGCUGCGGCGAGGCUUAAAGCUCGGCUUGGAAAGUGAACUAAGUAGCUGUUAAGUAUAUAUUCGAGUAUAUAGGAUAGAUUUCCUAUUACUCAUCCCCACACUAGCUAAAGAGCUAAUACACUUCCACACUCCCCUGUGACAGCUACAACAAGCAACAAAGCAGAUACAGAAAAGGAAACAAAAUUAAUAGAAAACAUCGAGUAGCACUGAGGACGAGGCAGCCGCAAACGGGACACCGCAGCUGAGUAGAAGCAGAGCGUGGACAUGGCGUAUACGCAAUGCGCAGCAUGUGUUAUUGCUCUCGCUGCUCCAGCCAUGACCAUCUCGAGUCAAUUACGAAUUUUAAAAUUUAAUUGAAAUUUACACGGUCCGUUACCUCCCACACGGUCAAUUAGCCAACACUCCCUCCUAUCGGCCUUCAAGGCUCGGACACAGAGCUUGAGAAAAUGUCGGAGUUCCGAUACCUAUCGAUCACGGAUCUGUCCUUUAAUCUGCCAAUAGCUCCGCUCCAUGCCGCCGCUAAGACAGAGGAGCCGGGUCUAUCAGACAACCCCACCACCGAGCUAAACAUUCCCUACACCGUCUUCGAGAUCCUUGUGGCCAUCGUGAGCAUCAUCGGCAAUGUGCUGGUCAUAAUUGUGUUUCGCCGUGAACGGAAGCUGCGCCGCAGGACUAACUACUACAUCGUCUCCCUGGCCAUGGCCGACUUCCUGGUGGGCAGUCUGGGCGUGCCGUUUGCCAUCCUAGCCUCCAUAGGACUGCCACACAACCUGCACGCCUGCCUCUUCACCGUCUCCCUGCUCGUGGUGCUCUGCACCAUUUCCAUAUUCUGCCUGGUGGCCGUCUCCGUGGAUCGCUACUGGGCCAUCCUCUAUCCGAUGGCAUAUUCGCGCAACGUGCGCACCCGGACGGCGAUUUUCAUCAUCUCAAUGUGCUGGGUGGCCGGCACGAUUGUGGGCUUCCUGCCGCUCUUCGGCUGGCAUGCGGAUGUGGCCCAUAACCAGGAGUGCCUAUUUGUGGAGGUGAUGGACUACGACUACCUGGUCUUCCUGUAUUUUGCCACAAUCAUCACACCGGCGCUGCUCAUGCUGGCCUUCUACACGCACAUCUAUCGCGUCAUCAUCAAACAAGUGCGCCAGAUCGUGACUAUGAAUCCCGCCUCGGACCUAAGCCGGCGCUCCUCUACAGCUCCCAUGCAGGUAAUGCCUGGAAGGGGCGGUCAUGCCGGCACAAUGCUAAGGGUACUGGGAGCAGCCCGCAAGCGGGACGUAAAAGCCACGCAGAAUCUUUCCAUUAUUGUGCUAUUCUUUAUGAUCUGCUGGAUACCACUGUACACGAUCAACUGCAUCAAGGCCUUCUGCCCUGACUGUUAUGUCCACCCCAAGCUGACGCUCUUUUGCAUCAUUCUCUCACACUUGAAUUCGGCCGUAAACCCUGUGCUCUACGCCUAUCACCUCAAGGACUUUCGAGCAGCACUCAAGAACCUGCUGCUCAAGAUGAUGGGCGUGGACAUCGACCAGCAGGCGGAAGCCACCCACAGAUUUUCCUUGGCCAGCCAGCACCGCCUCCAGUCGAUGGACUCAAACAUGCGCUCUACGCAGCCGCGCCUCUAUGUGGGUGAGUACUCACCAAUCUGGCUGCGGCAGCAGCAGGAGGCCCUCAAGAACUCCCAGCUGCUUCCCAAGUGCGGCGUAGUCUCACCAUGCUUCAACAACAUCAACCAGACGGUAGCCGCCGUCGCCUCCGUUACUACGGAUAUGGAGCGCGAGAUGUGGAACAUAAUGGAGGCCUCCAGCGGAGCAGAGCUGGGCGAGAUAAGCUACGAGUUCCCGAUCCCUGCGGGACUGAGUCCCAAGCGGGACAGCGAUCACGACAGCAGUAUCUCUAUCCCCCCGCGUACUUCACCUGAUAAGCCUGCCAGUCUUCAGCCCGCUACACAUGGGAUGCAUCAGCGCUGUGACAGCGUCUACUCAUAUGACAACCACAACUACUCCUCCAGCCAGGAUGAAGAUGACAAAGGCCUGGUCGAUGAGGACGGUGACGACAUAGAUUUCGAGGAUGUCUUUGAUCCAGGUACUCCCAACCAGACUGGCGUGGAUCCCGCUGAGCUUCGCCGAUCACUGGCCAUCGUCAUGCGCGAGAAACUCCGAUCCGACGAUACGGACUACCAGAAUCAGCCCAGCAAUAUACACGAGCUGCCCUACGACCCGGACCUAGCCCUUCAGCAGGAGGGGGCCAAGGGCAGACCAUGCUCCACCCAGACCUCGCCCACCAAUGGCCCGCUUCCACCUCUGCUUCGGGCAAAACUCUUUGCCGGAAAUUCCAACAGCCUCCCCGGGACGUCGCACAAGGAAGCCAACACCCCCACCCCCGGCGUCUACGUAAUAGAUAGCGAAGCUAGCCCGGGCUCAACAGGCCACAAGCCAAAGUACCGGAAGGGAACCGCCCUGACCAGGAACUCUCUCAAGAAAAGCCGCUCCUGUACCUGCAGCAACAACCCCAAAGGGCGUUCACAGGGCGAUGGAAAUGGAGAGGUAGCCCUUUCGCUCAACAACAACAAUAAUCUCAGCGAUCCGCAAGAGUCGCCUUUAAACCACCACCAGGAGAGCUUCUUCAGCCCUCUGAGAUCCGUAAGCAGCCUUAUGCACCAUUCCAACCUGUUUCACCUCUUCCAACCACAUGCCACAAGAACCACCUCAACUUCGACGAACUCACCGGGACCGUCAACGCCCACACCUGCACAUCUCCUGGCCCGCGACGAGGCAGCCUCAGCCUCCUCACCAUCCCUGGCCACUGCUAGUGCGGAGAGCUGACCAGUGGACGAGGGCAAUGGCUCCAACCGGAGCAGUCCCUAGACAAAUACUCGCAAGUCUAAGCUUCUAUUUUAAGUACUUGAUGGUUCUCAUUAGUUCCCUUCCGCAUUAAGAAGACCUUAGCGGAAUUAGACUUUCGAGUUCAGUCGGAUCCAUCGAUAGCGACGGUUGAGUUGUUAGGAAGUUAUGCGCAUUUAUUUUGAGUACGAAUUAAUGCAUGGACUAGCUAAUUCUGUAAAUAAUCUUUAAUGUUGUUGUAGUAUAAAGUAUUUAUGUGCAAAGUCGAUGAUAUAAAUUUGUGCAAUUUUACUGUUAGCCCCUGUUUGUAUAUGUGUACCGUGUAUAGUAUAUGGUGUAUCAACAUAUGUAUGUAUAUAUGUUUGUGUACACCUGGACGUCUGUGAAAACUAUGUUAUGAAAGCUAUUCGAAAUGAAUUUCACCGUUGAAGUUAAAUCAAUCCUAUACACAAAAUAAAAAAAGCUUAAAACAGAA